AUGAUCCGCAAAGAAGUUAAAGAAACGCAGAAAGAGACGAAAAAGAAUAAGAAUAAGAGCCCUCAUCAGCCACUGACGUUUUUGUCUCUUCCAGACGAAAUCAUAGAGAACAUCCUCGCCCGUAUCUCUAAAUGGAAUUACCCUAACCUCUCUCUUGUCUCCAAAAGAUUCCUCUCAAUUCUCUCUUCUCCUCAAAUCUACACGACUCGAUCUAACAUCGGAACCUCAGAACCAUGCCUCUAUUUCUGCUUAGAAUUGCCUGACCAAUCUCCUGAAUGGUAUACUCUUUGGAUGAAACCUGCCAAAACCCUAACGGACGAUGGUGAUGAUGAUAAUGAUAUUUCUGACGAAUUUUCAUUGGUUCCGGUACCUUGUUAUCCCCACCUUCAUUGUGCAACGUACGUUUCCACCGUAGAUGUUGGUUCGGAGAUCUACUUAUUCGGUGCAUCCUACGGUGAGACGCCAUCUUCAGCUGUUCGUAUCCUUGAUUGUAGGAGUAACAUGUGGCGUGAUGGCCCCAAUAUGAUGGUGGCUCGGGAGUGUGCGGAUGCGUUUUUUUUUGAUGGGAAUAUAUAUGUAAUGGGAGGUUGUGGGAAGGACGAGUCCAUUGCUUGGGUGGAAGUGUUAGACAUAAAGACUCAGACAUGGAGUUCUUUGCCGAGCCAUGGAGCCGACGACGAGUUACGUGUUAGCAGCGAGCAAGGGUUAACAAUCAGUAUGCUGGAGAUUUACGCAAUAAUAGAUGAUAAGAAGGACUAUGCUUAUGAUCUGAUAAAACGUACAUGGGAAGUUGUAGAAACGCACUCGAACAAUAUUAGGAGAUAUACUUGGUGCGUGAUAGAGAAUGUAGUAUAUGCUUAUACAUACUCCAAUAUUUGCAUGUGGUAUGAGACAAAGAGUAAAAAGUGGAGAGAGGUCAAGGGUUCGAAUUUGGAAUUAUUGCUUGGGAAAAAAACACCACCAGGGUAUGUGCUUAAUUUAGUUACCUAUGGUGGGAAACUUUUAGUUUUGUGGAUGACGUUUCACAUAGACAACGCAAAACAGAUAAAGAGAAUCAGGUGCGCGAAGAUGGCGUUAGAGAAGCAUCAUGGAGGUGAGGUUUUGGGUAAGAUGGAGUGGGUUAAUACUGUUCUUACGGUUCCAGAGUCGUUUGAAUUCUUGAGUAGUUGUGUAGUAGUUUCGAUUUGA